AUGUCGGUACUCAGACCCGUCAGUCGGUCGCUUCUGAGCCGCCAGAUCCUCUCGACACCUGUGCGCCCUACAGUCCCACCAUUGCUGCGAAAUAAUAGGUCGCUCUUCACUGCCGCCCCGACGCGGAGGCGGUCGAGCUUCAGGUCGUUUGUCGUGAGGUGGGCUGUGGCGGGUGGUUUGGUUUACGCGUAUACUACUUCUAAUGUUUUUGCUGAUGAGCCUAAAUGUCUGUUUCCUCGAUUCGUUUUUGCUUAUUAAAUUGGAUUGGCUCUGACCGGGCGUUAGUCGUCCAGGAUGAGCUGAGGACUUUAUCGUCCGAAGACCAGGACCGUCCAAAGUCGUUAUUACCUGAGAAGGGAGGGAAAUUGGAGAGACUGCAGGGGUCGGACGCCACGGGUGGGGCUCAAGGAGAAUCGGAUAGGGGGGUUGUUGAGAGAGCCGAGCCGGCGCCGGGGUCUGGAAGCCCAGAGGAUUUGGAGGCUGAGGCGGGACAGGAGGGGGCCUUUAAUCCUGAGACUGGAGAGAUUAAUUGGGAUUGCCCUUGUCUUGGUGGGAUGGCUCAUGGUCCUUGGUGAGUCCGGGUGGCUUUGAUUGCAAUGAGUAGGUGUUGGGAGGGAUGCUGAUUGUUGGGGCUUAGUGGGGAAGAGUUCAAAACUGCUUUUAGUUGUUUCGUUUUCUCGAAGGAAGAUCCUAAGGGUGUGGAUUGUAUUGAAAAGUUCAAGUGAGCCGGCUCUCGUCUUAUGAGUGUCGAAAAUCUAUCUGACCAGGUUGUUAGGGAUAUGCAAGCUUGUUUCCAAAAGGUGAACUGUUCCUUCAUGGGCUGACUUGGGGUCUUUUCUCUGACUUAUUUUAUUUCUUUAGUAUCCUGAGCUCUACGAUACCGAAGAAGAAGAUGACGGGGAACUUCCCGAAGGUGCGAGUGGGGAAGAGCCAUUAGAAGUCCUCGACCCCCAAAAUCCCGGGGAGACGGGCUCUCCAGCCACACCCCCAAAAGUUUCCUCUAGCACUCAUGUGGAUCCCGAGACAGCCAAGCCGGAUGGCGGGCCUGUUGGAGGCAAGUCAAAGGAAGAUGGGGCGGCGGAAAAACACAAGGAGGGAGUCAAUAGCGGGAAAUAGUACUAUUCGAACACAGUAGGGACUAGAUUUAUUUCCUUCUCGUCCGCAGCCGGCUGGAUAUGUAUAGAGGAAUCCCCCUCUAUUUCUACGUUCUCCAUUCAUUUCUUCUUUUCCUUUCCUAAAACACGUAUAGGUUUUCCUUACUGUCACUUGUGCAAUCUUCAUUUUGGGGGUGGGGAGGGAUAUCUGGGUUGGGAAUGGUAGAUGGAAAACAAAAGUAAUUAGAUUUCCUGCUUGUGUAGAUAUGCAUGGAGGUGGCGGAGGGGAGGGGGAGGGCAAGGGUUGAAGAUGUAUUAACGACUCAAUAUUGCCACGGUGCUUGGGCAGUGCGCUCGUGGAUAUCCCUUGCUGAACCCUUUCUGGGAGAUUGUGCGGAUAGAUCUGGUGAUAUAAUAACAC